AUGCUACGUCACAUCGUGUGCAUCGAUCGUUUGAAAUCAGAAUCGACCUUUGCCUUACCUGUUAGCUCUCCGUACAAUGCCGUGUCAGCGGCAGCAGGACUGUCGGAUCGCGAGGCGCGGAUGUCUCUGCACACGACGGAGUCGCCUCGCGCCAAGAUACGCCGCGAGCAGGCCUUCCGUAACGUCCUGGCGGCUCGACGUCGCAAGAUGGUCCGACAACGGACUGGCGGCGCAGCAGCAGCAGCUUCAGCAUCAGCGAUUGGGAUGAUGCAGCAGGAGACUAGCAACCACAGCAAAUACAGCAGUAGCGCAGCCGUUAGAAUGGCCCAGAGACGAAGACAGACGAAGAAACCAACGACGCUGGCGGCGGCGGUGGCGAGGGACGAUUUGCUCGAGAUGCAGGAGACGCAGAACGGCGUUUAUCUGACGGUGCCGGAACAGCAGCACUCGAUCAACGAUACGAGCAGCCCGGAGAUCGUCAUCAGGACUCUUGCUACCAAUUCUAAGCGCAGCGGCAACGGCACUUCGAAAUCGUCCAACCGGAACAGCAACAACGGUGCAGUGGCAUCGAUGGAGCAGCAGCAGCAGCAGCGCGGCAAGAAAAUCGUCGUCAUGCCGGCGUCUCUCUACAAUCACUUCAAUCCCGUGGAGAGCAACAUCCCCAUCGAGGACAUGUCCCAGUUCCUGUAUUUCGGCCAAAAAUUAAAAGGAACCGAACCGGUGUCGAGUCAGCAACCGAUGAAGACCAAAAAACUGCUGGAGAUCCUCGACGAGGAGAUGAACAGCGUCGAUCGCGCCAGUGGUCCAGCGUCCAAGUCCACCAAGAUGCGCACGACGAGCCAGCGUGAGCACACGACUGUGUCCGCAGCUGCCGAAAAUUUCGAGACGCAUCGCAAGAAAAACAGCAGCAGCAGCAGCGCGACGAACAGUCAUCAUCAUCAUCAUCAUCAUCAUUAUCAUUAUCAGCACUCGAGGGUAGUCGCCAACGGGACGAGUGGUACGACGAGUACGACAACGACGACGAGUACGAGCACGAGCACAACGACGACAGCUCCAACGAGCAUCGUCAAGGCGCCGAACGUGACGAACGGUAUCAGAGCAGCGCCAGCGAGCUGGAGUGCAUCUAGCACGAGCGAAUCCGCAGCAGCGGGAGCAGCAGCGAUAUCAACGACGCAGCAGCAGCAGCAGCAGCAGGCUCAUACUGUAACAUCGCAGCUACAGCGCCGUGGCGGCUCGCAGUUGCGCAACUCUACCGGCAGCGGUUCGAGCGGCAGCAGCGGCAGUGGAGUCGUCGCGAGCAAUCGGCAACAGCAGCAGCCGCAGCUCGGCAGUACCGGCUCGAGCGUCGAGCAGCAGACAUCGCAGCCGCAACAACAGCAGCAGCCGUCCUCCCAGUCGCAUCGCGUGAGAACUCGGCUACCUCCGUCGUCUACUACUACUACGACUACUACGACUACGACUACGACUACUGUCACUCCUCCCACCAGUCAUCAUCAGCAGAAACAACAGCAGAAGGAAAAGCAGUCCUCGACUGGAUUCACGAUAAGGUGGACAGACACCAGGAACAAGAGGCGCAGGCUCGCCUCUUCCAGUAGGCGGCAAAAGUCCGCGAGAAACAUGGACGAGCUGUCGUCGUCGUCCGCGAACGGCGACACCAAUGAUAAUAACGGUUUCAAUAAGGCCGUCGAUGCCACGAGUAGUAGUACGACGACCACGAGCAGGACAACGACGACGACCGGUAAUAACAGCAACAACGACACCGCCAAUGAGAAUGACGACUCGGGCCUGCAGUCGUCGAUGGACGACGUCGAGCUGAUGCAGACGUCGACGGACGAGGCUCCGAAAAUGUUGGACGCGUCGGAAGUGCAGAAGAUGUAUCGCGCCGGCAGUACGAGUAGUAGUACAACGACGUCGACGACGACGACUCCGAAUUCGAUUAGCAGUAGCAGCAGCAGCAGUAUUAACAGUAGUGGUAUCGGUGCCGAGAGUGCAGUAAAGCAACAGGUUUCAACGAGCAAUGCCAGCGCGAGCGUCAGUCCGGAGCGCUCGCCAGAAGUGCGAGGACGUAAUUUAGACGACAAGUCCAAGGACGACGUGCUGCCGAUCAUGCAGCUCUACAAUAACACGUCGAGCAUGUUCAACGAGACUAUCGGUGGGGGUGGUAGCGAUGUUGUUGUCGUCACGGCGUUGCCCACCGAAAGGAUAUCGACGACGUCGACGACGAGCAAGCCGACCGCGAGCGCGACCAUAACAUCGACGACGACCACUACGACGACGACCACCACCACAACGACGACGACGCAGAGGCCAGUAGUAGUGAACGCGAAUAAUAAUUAUAAUAAUAAUAAUAAUCAUAAAAAUAGUCAUAAUAGAACGACGACGAGUACGGCAAAAACAACGCCGCCGCCGCCGCCGCAUAAUAGGCUGAACAGUGCCGGUUACAAUCCGCUCGACUCGUACAUUGCUUUUAACGGUAGUAGUGCUGCCAGUGGUGGUGUUGGUGUUAGUGUUGGUAGUGGUGGUGGUGGUGCUGCCGCUGGUGCCGUUGGCGCCGCGGCCGCAGCCGUGGGCCCGGAGCUGCUGCUGCCGGCCUACGGCAACGUGAGUGAGGUCGUGUCGCGCAGGCACGACACCGGCGACACGGUGCUCGCCAGCCAGGAGACCGUCACCGUGGUCAGCAUCAUACUGGGCACUCUGCUCCUGUUUCCCAUUGUUCUGGGCAUCGGACUGAUAUUCAGAAGACUGAUAAUUAAGAAUCGUAAGAUGCUCGAGGAGUCGGACACGUCGUCCGAGAUAAGCUGCCGGAAGUACGCGCUGAACCUCGAGAGCGGAGAUUACAAAAUGCCCAUCGAGAAGACCAUGACGAAGCUGCCGAGGAUACAGCACCUGUGCCACGAGUCGGAGAAGCCGCCACCGCCCGCGUCCCCGGAAUCCAGAUGGGAGUUUCCGCGCGACAAGCUGAGGCUGCAGACGGUUCUCGGCGAGGGUAAUUUCGGCCAGGUCUGGAAGGCGGAGGCGGACGAUCUGACGGGUCACCAGGGCACGACGCGGCUCGUGGCCGUCAAGACAGUCAAGGAGGGCGCCUCGGAGCGCGAGAAGGAGGACCUCGUGCGCGAGCUCGAGAUCAUGCAAAAGGUCGGCAGCCAUCCCAACGUAGUCACGCUUCUUGGAUGCUGCACCGAACAAGAACCGCACUAUCUGAUACUCGAGUACGUGAUGUACGGCAAGCUGCUGACCUACCUGAGGGACCAUCGCACCCGCCAGGACUUCUACAACUUCAGCGAGGACUCGGCCGCGCUGACGUCCCGCGACCUCACGGUCUUCGGCUAUUGCGUCGCCCGCGGCAUGGAGUACUUGGCGUCGAAAAAGAUAAUCCAUCGGGACAUGGCGGCGCGCAACGUGCUGGUGGACCACAACAAGCUGUGCAAGAUCGCCGACUUCGGCAUGUCGAGAUUCGCCGACGAGAACGGCGAGGUGAUCGAGACGCGCCACGGCCAGCGCAACGCCCUGCCCAUCAGAUGGAUGGCACCCGAGUCGCUCGUCUAUUCUCUGUUCACGACCAAGACCGAUGUCUGGAGCUUCGGCAUCUUGAUGUGGGAGAUCGUGACGCUCGGCUCGACGCCGUAUCCAGACAUGACGGCCAGGGAGGUGAUGCGCAGCGUCCAGAGCGGCUACAGGCUCGAGCGGCCCUCGCACUGUCGCAGCGAGCUGUUCCGAGUGAUAUCGCGCUGCUGGCACCAGGACCCCGAUCGCAGGCCCGAGUUCGCCUCGCUGAGGCGCGAGCUAGCCCAGCUGCUCGAGGACGGCAUGAACGGCCACUACGUCGAUCUCGAGAGCUUCGCCUCCGAGUGCACGGAUUAGGAUGGACGACGAAGAAGAAAAAAAAUAACAGACACACAUGAAGAAUCGUGUGAAACGUUCUUCGUUGUUUUAUUUUUUUCUCUCUCUCUCUCUCUCACGCACACUCUCUCUUUCUGUUCUCUUUUGUCAGCGGCCUGUGGCAGAGUGUACUUCAUUUUUGUAUUUUUCUUCGAUGUUUACAAAGCUUUAAGUCGUAGUGCCGUAAGAAAUAUAUAUUUAGUAAGAUGCGUCGUGCGUUAUUGUAUUUGUCUGUGUGUAUGAAUUAGUCGGUGUGCUUUGUAUUAGUGAAAAUUGUAUUCUCGAAAAGAAAUUUUUGAACGAGUGAAAAAAAUGGAGCUUGGAAUAUUUCACGCUUUCGGUGCAAAUCUCAACAAAAAAAAUCCAAAGAAAGGCAUUAUUAUUGGGGAAUAAAAGUAAGAUGGUCAUGAGUGUGUAUUUUUAUGUAAAAUUGUCUGUGUGCCCGUGCGAUUGUGUAAUUUCAUUUUUAAAAGCUUUCUUUGACUGUGCAGUCGUAUUGCGAAACGAGCUUGUCAAGUAUUUUUUUUCUAUAAUAUUAAGCUAAGUGCUAAUCGCGUCUAGAAAGUAUACAUGUAUUGUUUAACAAUGAAUCGACAUCAGUGAUGUUCGCGCCAUUUUUCUAAGCUCAUCAUACUGACCCCUACUUAAUCUUAUUUUAUGUAUUUUUAUCUUAUUCGUAUGUAUUUUACAUAAAAAAAUAUGUAUUUGGCCGGCUAAGGUGCAACACUUUAGGAAAACCGUAUAUCAAAGUAGUACUUAAGUAAUUGUCGAUGAGCCAAGUCUCAUUUUUUCGGUUUGACAGUUUUAAUUAAUUAAUCCGUAUUAUGUAUUUGUAAAGUCAUAACACGUGCUCUUCUCGCUAUGAGUAGUAGAAAAAAAUUUUUUAAUUAAGGAAUUUUGUACAUACCUCAUGAAAUCAAAUAUGUAUCAGUUAUUUAAUGUAGGGUAAUUAAUAGCUAUAUUACUUAUAUUGCGCAGAGUUGUUGAAUCCAAGUCACAGAUAUGAAUGGCGAAAAAUUUGAUGACGCGAAUCAACUUAACAAUGUCUUAUUUUUAAUGAAUCUAGUCUUUCGACAUACUUAGAGUAAAGAUCAAGUCGCUAAUAAUUUCGUUUUCUCGUCUAUAAUAUUAUUUGUACACAAGUGCGAUAUACUUUGUAAUAAUGGCGUUGUUAUUGAUUAUUUUGAUCUUGACUCGAUUUUUGUCUGUUGAUAUUUUACGUAGCUUACAUACUGUAUGUUUAUUUUUCGAAUAUCAAAAUUUAUAUUCUAACGAUAAUGACUGCUCUCAUGUCAAUCUUUCAUUUCCGUCCAGUAGAAAAAAAUUGUGAUCCACGUACAAAAAUCAACAAAUUAUAAUUCC